UGUGUUAUUCAUUAUUUUUCUUUGAUUCAUUUGAUAUAUAUAUUUAUUCGGUUCUGCUUUAAAGCGAGAAAAUAUAAAAUGAAGGAAAAGAUCAUGACAUUUCUACUGUUUUGGGCCGUUGUGGGGAGCGCACGUCCUCCCCACCCUCCUCUCCCUCGACUUCCUUCGCUCAGCCAACAAUAUCACGAUGUCGCUGAAUAUCCUUUCUCCAAGAUCGUGGGCGUGUUUCGCAUCGUGGACGGCGACUCCUGCAGGUGUGUUCCUCGGUCCCGCCCUUGUCCUGUCGAGAUCAUGGAGGAUUCGGUCUACAAGGAGAGGGGAUUCCCUUGCCCUUUCCUGACGAGGUACUGCUGUCAGCGGGAGACGCUCAUCGACAUGUCAGGGGCGAUCGACAGGACACUAAAGUCAACCGACCACCAGAACCGAAACUCGCCUCAUCUGGUCGCUUCGGAUACGAGAAUAUCGACCGGGAAGAGAAAUACUAAUAGCAAACAAGUCGUUUCGCCAACGAUAGACGUGUCAAAACCGCUAGUUCCAAACGUUGGAAUUGUAUCUAACGUUUCCAGCGUUAUGAACGUUCCAAAUGCUUCAGGCGUUUCCAGUGUUUUAGAAGUUACGCAGGUUUCAGUCGUCCCCAAUACUUCAGAGGUUUCGGAAGCUUCAGAAACCUCGACGGUGAUUCCAACCCAUUCCACCGCCGAGAAAAAGGGCUCGAGAAACAGCGGGCGCCGAGCGAGACCGAAGGCUUGCUCGUGCACGACCCGCGACCAGUGCCUCGCUUGGUGGUCAGACCUGGACGACCCCCCCGAGGUCAAGGUGAGGACGAGCCUGAGCUGCGACGUGCCAGGUCAGGUCACGUGCUGCUUCGGUCGUAUCGUGCCCCCACGCCACCAUAAAUCACGUGACCCGACGCGCUCCGGACACAGCGUGCGACACCCGAUGAAGGCGACACGAUGGCGGCCGCUUGCGAACACGUGGAAACAUUUUAUUUCGUGGUUUAACGGAUGAACGAAGGCGAUAGUGAAGACUAGGAGAAUUUCCUUGUUAUAAUUUCUAUACUUGUCUUUUUGUCUUGUAAUCUGUAGGAACUGACUUGAAACUAGUGUAUAAUUAUGAAUGGUGACAUUCUCCGUUUACGAAUUUCAGAACGUGACUAGACCUCUUAUGUCGAUAUUUUGAUUCAUGAGUUUUAUAACAUUAUGGAAAAGAAUCGAGGGCAUUUCUUGGACGCUAACAAAUGAAAUUUGUUGACGUGGCCUCUGUUUCUUUUUAAGCGUGCGUGCGUCCGUGCAUGUGUGUGGGUGCGUGCGUGCGUGCGUGUGUGUGUAUGUAUGUGUGCGUGCAUGU